UUUUGACUCUGGGGCGCCCCGAAGCCUGAAGCAGAUCGAGGAUAAAUAAGGGACUAAAGAUGGCGACGGUGGAGGAUUCAUGGCAGAAAUUCGCAUCCAAAACUUCCCUUCGGAAUCCAGAAUCCAGCGAUCCAGUGUGGCAGUGAGAGCCGAGAGCCUGAGCCCCGCAUCCGCUGCUCCGUGACCGGCUCCAGCGCCACACAUCCCGCUACCGUUACCGGAGAAACACCGCGGAGUUUGGACGAAGCGACACCGGACCCGCUGAUGAUGAUCCCGGGCUGAGCUUCGCGUCUGCUGCAUGGAGGCCGCUGGAGGGAGUCUGUCCGCCCCGCUGGAGCAGUGAUUUGGGUCGGAACUUAAACCCGAAACCGAUCGCGAUGUAUUUUCUGAGCGGCUGGCCGAGGCGGCUCCUGUGCCCGCUGCGGAGCGACGAGCGGCCCUUUCGGAUCGAGCCCAGCGCGCAACGCUUCUACCUGGCUGUGCUGUCCGAGACCCAGAUCAGCAUCUGGUUCAGCAGGCCCAGUGUGCUGAUCGUCAGUUAUAUCGAGUCUGGAAAAGCAGCUGCGCAGUUCGGCUUCUAUCAGCAGGUGGAAUGGAAACCCGACGACUCCAUGAUUGCCGUAGCGGCAGCGAAUGGUUACGUGCUGCUGUUCGACAUCAUCGGGGGCUUGGAUGAUAAGUACCUCUAUGAGCCGGUCUAUCCUAAGGGCAGUGCUCGUGUUAAGGUGACUCCGGGUUAUAAAGAGGAACAGUGUGCUCCUGCUCUCACACUAGAGAUGAAGAAACCUGUCGACCUGGAGGCUCCCAUCAGCUGUCUUCAGUCUCUAGCGGAGGAUCUGCUGGUGGCGACGGCGGAUGGUUUCCUCCAUAUGCUGCAUUGGGACAGUGUCAGUAACGGCCGCAGAGCAGUGAACCUCUGCACCAUCCCCUUCUCCCUGGACCUGCAGUCCUCCAGAGGAGGGCCGUGUUUGGAUCUGGACGGUGUGUAUAUUCGUGAUCUGGAGUAUUGUGCGACGCUGGAUGGAUUCGCUGUGGUGUUUGAUGAUGGGAGAAUCGGCUUCAUCACACCCACUGCUAACAGACUCGCCACAGACCAGCUGCAGGGUGUUUGGGCCGCGGACGUCACUGAUGGUACAUGUGUAGCCGUCAACAACAAAUACAGACUCAUGGCCUUCGGCUGCACAAGUGGCUCGGUGCUGGUCUACAUGAUUGACAGCUCCACCGGCUGCAUGCAGCUGUCUCAUAAACUAGAAUUAACCCCUAAACACUAUCCAGAUAUCUGGAAUAAGACUGGUCCAGUGAAGAUGAUCCGCUGGUCUCCGGACUGCAGUGUUGCCAUGGUGACGUGGGAGUGUGGUGGUCUCUCUCUCUGGAGUGUGUUUGGUGCUCAUCUCAUCUGCACACUCGGAGAGGACUUUGCGUAUCGCUCUGACGGCACUAAGAAAGACCCUCUGAAGAUCAGCUCUAUGAGCUGGGGUGUGGAGGGUUAUCAUCUGUGGGUGAUCCGCAGUUCAGACUCCACUGUUACUGAAGAAAAACAAGAGAAACUCCAGCAGAACACGAUACUGCAGUUUCAGUUCAUCAAGAGCUAUGUCUCUCUCUGUAUGUGUCUGUGUGUGUGUGUGCGUGUUCAGAGUAACCAGGAGCAGGUGCUGCUGCAGGGUGAGGACCGCCUGUAUGUGACGUGCGGGGACCCUACUCAGACUCAGACCCCGGGUCAGUGUGUGUUGGACAGCAGCAGCAGCAGCAGCAGCAGUCCCGUCCAGCGCUCCUCCUCCACAGCUCCACUCUCUCAGGGCCUCAGCACUUUACUGGGACACAAGCACUGGCAGGUGGUUCAGAUUCACAGCACAUAUCUAGAGACUAACUGGCCCAUCAGGGAGCAGAAUAUGACUGUGACCGGUGGUCUUGCGUGGUGGAAUGACUUUGUUGUUGUUGCCUGUUACAAUUUCAUUGAUCGUCAGGAAGAGCUGCGGUUGUACGUGCGCUCUGCUAACCUGGAUAACGCAUUUGCCAGCAUCACUAAACUGCACGCCGACACACUGCUGCUCAACGUGUUUCGCAACAUGGUGAUUCUGUUCAGAGCCGACUGCUCCAUCUGCCUGUACAGCAUCGAGAGACGCCACGACGGCCCGAGCCCGUCCGCCAGUGUGGAGCUGCUGCAGGAGGUCUCCAUGUCCCGCUAUAUUCCUCACCCCGGCCUGGUGGUGUCUGUGACCCUCACAUCAGUGCGCACGGAGAGCGGCAUCACACUCAAAGCCCCACAGCAGGCCUGUUCGGCUGAGAGUAUCCUGCUGAAUCUGGCUGGUCAGCUGAUCAUGCUGCAGAGAGACAGAUCCGGCCCACAGGUACGAGAGAAGGACGCGCCGGCCAAUCACAGCAAACUGCUGCCGUUCUGCCCGCCGGUGGUUCUGGCGCAGUGUGUGGAGAGCGUGUGGACGUCGAGUCGCAGUAACCGUAAGAAGCGUCACCUGAUGGAGGCGCUGUGGCUCUCCUGCGGAGAAGCGGGGAUGAAGGUGUGGUUGCCGCUGUUCCCCCGAGACCACCGAAAACCGCACUCGUUCCUGUCCCGCAGGAUCAUGCUCCCCUUCCACAUCAACAUCUACCCGCUGACGGUGCUGUUCGAGGACGCGCUGAUCCUCGGAGCUUCCAACGAGACUGUGCUGUUUGACGGGCUGAGCUCGAGUGCGGAGCCACUAGAGGCGCUGUUCCCCUACUGCACGGUGGAGAGAACAUCACAGAUAUACCUGCACCACAUACUAAGACAGCUGCUGGUGCGUAAUCUGGGUGAGCAGGCGCUGAUGUUGGCGCAGUCGUGUGCAUCGCUGCCUUAUUUCCCGCAUGUUCUGGAGCUGAUGGUGCAUGUGGUGCUGGAGGAGGAGGCCACGUCCAGAGAGCCCAUCCCUGACCCGCUGCUGCCCACCGUGGCCAAAUUCGUCACCGAGUUCCCGCUCUUCCUGCAGACUAUCGUCCACUGCGCACGCAAGACCGAAUACGCCCUCUGGAACUACUUGUUCGCCGCUGUCGGGAACCCCAAAGACCUGUUUGAGGAGUGCUUGAUGGCGCAGGAUCUGGACACGGCGGCGUCAUACCUGAUCAUACUGCAGAAUAUGGAGGUUCCAGCGGUCAGCCGUCAGCACGCCACACUGCUCUUCAACACUGCUCUGGAGCAGGGGAAGUGGGAUCUGUGUCGACACAUGAUACGAUUUCUCAAGGCGAUUGGCUCAGGGGAGAGCGAGACUCCGCCCACCACACCUACAACUCAGGAACAGAGCCCCAGCAGUGGUUUUGAGUUCUUCAGGAACCGCAGCAUCAGUCUCUCUCAGUCUGCAGACAGCAUCGCCGCAGGGAAGUUCAACCUGCAGAAGACCAUGAGUAUGCCCACCGGACCCUCCUCCAAGAGUGGCGAGCGCUGGUGUAAGGACAGUGACUCUGCAGAGAAUCUCUACAUUGAUGUGAUGUUAUGGAGACACGCUCGCCGUCUGCUGGAGCAGGUGCGUCUGCGGGAUCUGGGCUGUUUCUCUGCUCAGCUGGGCUUCGAGCUGAUUGGCUGGUUGUGUCGCGAGCGCACGCGUGUCGCACGAGUGGACGACUUCGUCACCGCGCUCAAAUGCCUGCAUAAGGACUUCCUGUGGCCGUUUCCUGUUAUCCCAGCAUGCACCAUCAGCUCGCCGCUCAAGAACGGACGCUGCCGCCCAGUGUUGAGCUCUCGUCUGCUGAAGUCUCAGUCUGCAGACAGUCUGCUGAACAGUGAGAUGGACACCACGCCCCCUCAGGUUAGCACAGCCAAUCACCGCUGGUUGGAUGGUUUGGGGGCGGUGUCUAAAGAACUGGACUCCGCUUCUUCACAUGGAGGACCACAGACUCAGGAGGCUUUUCUCUCUCCACUCAUUAGUAAAGGUGAGCAAGUGUCUGAUAUCUAUCUAUACUUCCAUCCAUCUAUCCAUCGUUCUAUCUAUCUAUCUAUC